AUGGACGCUGGAAUGGCACGCACGCAGAGAAAUGUAAACAUUUUAUUGCGAAGUGUGCAGACUGCGCAGGGACUGGAGGUUACCACAAACACACGUGUGAAGGUACGUGAGAUUUCAAUUGAAGGGCCAACCUAUGGUAUCAUGAAACUCGCCGACCUAACAUGGACUGAGUUUUAUUCGAGACCAGACCAGACGGUUUCGAAACGCCCGAGUUCUGUGGUGAAAUUCAUACAGCCGAGUAAGAAGGUUGUGCCCAAUACGAACGUACCAGGUAAUGGUCAAGACUCUUAUACGGGAACGAGGAAAAAUAAAGGGAACAAAGGUGGAGGCAGAGGUGGCCAGAAGAACAAGCAUGUACAAGGUACUGAUGGUCACAAGAACCAUGCCAAUACUUGCGGGACCUUGGACAACAAUUCUAUUCAGGCAGCCGAACCUCAUAAGCCAAAAUAUAAGGAGACCAAGGACUGUGCUGAGGCCGAUUGCAGCUGGCGCAUGACCCAACGUGAGCUGAAUGGACGCUGGAAUGGCACGCACGCAGAGAAAU